AUAAUCACCUCUUAAAUCAAGAGAAAUAAUAAAAGAAUCAGCUGUGUUUGUCAUUCCGUGCAUCUUUUUAUUACAACUUCUGGUUCUAACUGUUUCUCAUCCUGCAGAUUUUCAUUUUUGACAAUGGAGCCAAUUGUUCUCGUACACGGUGGUGCCGGGGACAUUCCAGAUUCUCGUGAUCAGGGAAAGCAUAAUGGAGCCCGAGCAGCUGCAAGAAUUGGAUACAGAGUCCUAAGGGAAACAGGUUCUGUCCUGGAUGCUGUGGAAGAGGCCGUAAAAUCCAUGGAAUUGGAUGAAAAUUUCAAUGCAGGCUACGGAUCAGUUCUCACGCUCAAUGAAACCGUAGAAAUGGAAGCUAGUAUUAUGAGAGGAUCUGACAUCAAAGCAGGAUGUGUAACUCUCCUGAAAGACAUCAGGCAUCCAAUAAGUCUGGCCCGAAUGGUCAUGGAGAAGACUCCGCAUAAUUUUCUGGGGGGCGAAGGAGCUAUGGAAUUUGCUGCUAAGCAGGGAGUUGAAAUUCUUUCACCAUCUGGACAAUUGGUGACAGAAAUUGCAAGAAAAGCCCUGGACACUUUCAAGAAGCAGCGCAAUCAGGGAAUUUUUCAGCCAGGAAAAACAGAGAUUGGCCAAGAAGCCCCUACUCCUGGGGAGGUUGGAACUGUUGGAGCCGUAGCCAUUGACAGAGAAGGAAGAAUUUCUGUAGCAACUUCCACAGGAGGCAUCACAGGAAAGUACGUUGGAAGAAUUGGAGAUACCCCAGUCUUGGGCAGUGGCACCUAUGCUGAUGACCGUUUUGGCGGAGUAUCAACCACUGGUCAUGGAGAAAGUAUCAUGAAAUUUGUCCUAGCCAAGGAUAUCAUCAACAGAAUUGCCUUUCAAGGAGCCAAUGCCCAGAAAGCCACCGAAGAAUCCGUGAAAGAAAUGACAAAGGUAACAGGAGGAACUGCUGGAGCCAUUACAAUUGACAAAGAUGAAAUGUAGGGAUUUAUUUCUCAUCCCAAAAAAUGUCCUGGGCCUAUCAGAAGGGAGACGAUCUUUUCUAUGGCAUUCGCCAUGGGGAAAGCAUCGCAGAAAAAGCAUAAAAUUUAAAUUAAUCCAAUCUUUUUCAAGAAAUACUUCAAUAAACUCCUUUUUUUUACUAAUAAUUCCUAAAA